GAUCGCUGGCGCAUAUAGCCAAUAUGGCUGACGGGUUGGCUGGGUUCAUGCUUUUGCCGGUUGGAUUUUGAGUGUGUGCGUCUGACCUACGGGUCUAAAGUAUAAAGUAGAAACAUGAGUAAUAUAUACAUACAAGAACCGCCUACAAACGGAAAGGUUCUGUUGGUUACGUCAGUGGGUGACAUCGACAUUGAGCUGUGGGGUAAAGAGACACCCAAAGCGUGUCGUAACUUUAUACAGCUGUGUCUGGAGGGUUACUACGACAACACAAUAUUCCACAGGAUUGUCAAAGGGUUCUGUAUCCAAGGAGGUGACCCUACAGGAACUGGACUUGGUGGAGAAAAUAUCUAUGGCCAAUCUGGAUUUAAGGAUGAGUUCCAUCAGAGGCUCAAGUUCAACAGGCGUGGUCUGGUUGCCAUGGCAAAUUCUGGCCCUAAUGAUAACCGUAGCCAGUUUUUUUUCACCUUGGACAGGACAGAUGAAUUAAAUGGCAAACACACUAUAUUUGGGAAGGUUACGGGUAACACGAUAUACAACAUGAUAAAGAUGGCUGACAUGGAAGUUGAUGAUAAUGAUCACCCUCUCUACCCACCAAAAGUUAUCAGAACUGAGGUUUUGUCUAACCCAUUUGAUGAUAUUGAGCCAAGACAGAACCAAAGAAAACCUGAGAAGAAAGCAAACCAUGAAAAGAAACCAAAAGUGAAAGGAACCAAAAAUUUUAGUCUACUAUCCUUUGGUGAGGAAGCAGAAGAUGAUGAAGAAGAAGUUAAAACAGUUUCUAAGAAAAUGAAAAUGGCAAGUAGCCAUGAUAUCCUUGAUGAUCCCCUGCUAAGCAAAGAGGCUGCUGUACCUCAGGAAAGUCAACCAGUCAAGGUAGACCCCAUCCAUCAGUUUGAGGAAAAGGAAAGAAAUAGAAAGAACAGCAGUAGUGGUGAUGAUGACAGCGAUGAUGAGAAGCAAGAAGAGAAAUUUGACCAGAAAAUGCGUGAUAAAGUCAGGAAUAAAUUGAAAAAGAGCACAAAUUUGGCAGAGGAUGCAAGUCAAGCUAGUGGAUCUUCAGACAAAACUCACAGACUACGGGAGGAGUCCAGAAGACUGCAAAAAGAGCUUGUGGGUGCGAAACGAAAACGUGUUGACGCCGAAAACCAGACCGAAAAAAAAGAAGAUGAAAGGAAAAAUAAGUCAGGUGUGCUCGCUGAAUUCCAUGCAGAGCAGCAGAACUACUUGAACAAGAAGAGUGCAAUAAAAGCCAAGGGAGGAGGGAGAGAUGACCAGACGUUCUCGCUGCUUGAAGAUUUCCAAGCAAAACUUCUACAGGCAGAAGAGGAAGAAGAAACAGAGACAGUCAAGGCUGAGGAUGUGCAACAACAAGAAGAUGAUGAUACAGGAUGGUUGUCCCACGCCCUGAAGUGUGAGACUCACGGGCCAAAUGUAAAGGAUGCGAAUGUUCAAGAUGAGGACACAUUCGAGAUCUUCGACCCGCGAAACCCGAUCAACAAACGACGACGGGAGGCGAGCAAGCAAUCGAUGAAGGAUCGGAAAUCCAGCAAGUAUUCGACGGACGAUCAGAGAUAUGGCGGAAACCAUUCGACGGAUGAUCGCAGACACGGCGCGAACAAUUCGACAGGUGAUCGGAGAUACAGCAAACAUUCGACGGAUGAUCGGAGGCACGACAAGCAUUCGACGGAUGAUCGGAGACACGGCAAGCAUUCGUCAAGGGAUCGGGAAAGGAGAUAGAAUGCAGGUCAGUACAAAUUGCAACGUCUUCAUGUAAUCCCAUUAUUCAUCUACUCCUGGAGACACACUCAAUAUAGAACUUUAGAGGAAUUGUCCGCGACUGUAGCAUUUGAUCUGUGUUUCUGAAAAAAGAAAAGCAACAACAACAAAACAAAAAUGUUUUAUUGUUAUAAACGCUGAGUACGCCAAGAUGUCCUUCUUUGUAAUACGUUGAGUACGCCAAGAUGUCCUUCUCUGUAAUACGUUGAGUAUGCCAAGAUGUCCUUCUCUGCAAUACUUCGAGUACGCCAAGAUGUCCUUAACUGUAAUACGUUGAGUACGCCAAGAUGUCCUUAACUGUAAUACGUUGAGUAUGCCAAGAUGUCCUUAACUGUAAUACGUUGAGUAUGCCAAGAUGUCCUUAACUGUAAUACGUUGAGUACGCCAAGAUGUCCUUAACUGUAAUACGUUGAGUAUGCCAAGAUGUCCUUAACUGUAAUACGUUGAGUACGCCAAGAUGUCCUUAACUGUAAUACGUUGAGUACGCCAAGAUGUCCUUAACUGUAAUACGUUGAGUAUGCCAAGAUGUCCUUAACUGUAAUACUUCGAGUACGCCAAGAUGUCCUUAACUGUAAUACGUUGAGUAUGCCAAGAUGUCAUUCUCUGUAAUACGUUGAGUAUGCCAAGAUGUCCUUCUCUGUAAUACGUUGAGUAUGCCAAGAUGUCAUUCUCUGCAAUACUUCGAGUACGCCAAGAUGUCAUUCUCUGCAAAACUUCGAGUACGCCAAGAUGUCAUUCUCUGUAAUACGUUGAGUACGCCAAGAUGUCAUUCUCUGUAAUACGUUGAGUACGCCAAGAUGUCCUUAACUGUAAUACUUCGAGUACGCCAAGAUGUCAUUCACUGUAAUACUUCGAGUACGCCAAGAUGUCCUUCACUGUAAUACUUCGAGUACGCCAAGAUGUCAUUCUCUGUAAUACGUUGAGUAUGCCAAGAUGUCAUUCUCUGUAAUACGUUGAGUACGCCAAGAUGUCCUUAACUGUAAUACGUUGAGUAUGCCAAGAUGUCAUUCUCUGUAAUACGUUGAGUACGCCAAGAUGUCCUUAACUGUAAUACUUCGAGUACGCCAAGAUGUCCUUAACUGUAAUACGUUGAGUAUGCCAAGAUGUCGUUCUCUGUAAUACGUUGAGUACGCCAAGAUGUCAUUCUCUGCAAUACUUCGAGUACGCCAAGAUGUCAUUCUCUGUAAUACGUUGAGUAUGCCAAGAUGUCAUUCUCUGUAACACUUCGAGUACGCCAAGAAGUCAUUCUCUGCAAUACUUCGAGUACGCCAAGAUGUCAUUCUCUGUAAUACGUUGAGUAUGCCAAGAUUGCAUUCUCUGUAAUACGUUGAGUAUGCCAAGAUGUCAUUCUCUGUAAUACGUUGAGUACGCCAAGAUGUCAUUCUCUGUAAUACGUUGAGUAUGCCAAGAUGUCAUUCUCUGUAAUACGUUGAGUAUGCCAAGAUGUCAUUCUCUGCAAUACUUCGAGUACGCCAAGAUGUCCUUAACUGUAAUACUUCGAGUACGCCAAGAUGUCAUUCUCUGUAAUACGUUGAGUAUGCCAAGAUGUCAUUCUCUGCAAUACUUCGAGUACGCCAAGAUGUCCUUAACUGUAAUACUUCGAGUACGCCAAGAUGUCAUUCUCUGUAAUACGUUGAGUAUGCCAAGAUGUCAUUCUCUGUAACACUUCGAGUACGCCAAGAAGUCAUUCUCUGCAAUACUUCGAGUACGCCAAGAUGUCAUUCUCUGUAAUACGUUGAGUAUGCCAAGAUGUCAUUCUCUGUAAUACGUUGAGUAUGCCAAGAUGUCAUUCUCUGUAAUACUUUGAGUACGCCAAGAUGUCAUUCUCUGUAAUACGUUGAGUAUGCCAAGAUGUCAUUCUCUGUAAUACUUCGAGUACGCCAAGAUGUCAUUCUCUGUAAUACGUUGAGUAUGCCAAGAUGUCAUUCUCUGCAAUACUUCGAGUACGCCAAGAUGUCAUUCUCUGUAAUACGUUGAGUAUGCCAAGAUGUCAUUCUCUGCAAUACUUCGAGUACGCCAAGAUGUCAUUCUCUGUAAUACGUUGAGUAUGCCAAGAUGUCAUUCUCUGUAAUACGUUGAGUAUGCCAAGAUGUCAUUCUCUGUAAUACGUUGAGUAUGCCAAGAUGUCAUUCUCUGUAAUACGUUGAGUAUGCCAAGAUGUCAUUCUCUGUAAUACUUCGAGUACGCCAAGAUGUCCUUCUCUGCAAUACUUCGAGUACGCCAAGAUGCCAUUCUCUGUAAUACGUUGAGUAUGCCAAGAUGUCAUUCUCUGUAAUACGUUGAGUAUGCCAAGAUGUCAUUCACUGUAAUACGUUGAGUAUGCCAAGAUGUCAUUCACUGUAAUACGUUGAGUAUGCCAAGAUGUCCUUAACUGUAAUACUUCGAGUACGCCAAGAUGUCAUUCACUGUAAUACUUCGAAAAAAGACGACAGAGGUGCGGCGAAUAGUAAUCUCUCGUCACUUCUGGCCCACUUACUGCUGUUUUAAAUAUGCUGCGAUCUCUCGCCGAUGAUUUAGCUAAAUCGCCCGUUGCCACCGAAAUGGUUUGUCAUCACGCCACCUCUCCGUAAGGCGCGUACCAAUUAUAAAAAAACCCAUAUUAUUUCGUUUGAAUAAAGGCAGAAAGUGGUUAAGCUGGUGGAAACUAUUGACAAGAGGUGGCGGAAGAUUGAAAAUCUCAGUCAUGUGGAGCAACCCGCAUUUAUCAUGUGAUCACGAGGAUACAAGCGAUCUGCAUUCAUGUUAUCACGUGAUCACGAGGAUGCAAGCGAUCCUCAUUUAUGUUAUCACGUGAUCACGAGGACACAAGCGAUCCGCAUUCAUGUUAUCAUGUGAUCACGAGGAUACAAGCAAACUAACUAUAGCUCAAGUUGGCGCUAUAACUGACCAAAAAACUUUGGACUUGAAGUAUUUAAACACAACACAGGGAGAUGUAGCUAGCAUGAGAUGGCAGUGUUCUUGUUUACGGAUUAAUAGCUGGUUGGCUCCCAGCAUGAGAUAGUAAUACUAUGGACCAUACACAGUAAGGUGACGACUUAUGUCAACUGAUGAAGCCCUAUUUAUACUAUAGGGGAUCUGAGGUAUCUGACGACUUAUGUAGACUUGUAUAGUCCUAUACUAUGGGAUCUGAGACGUGUGUCUGACGGCUUAUGUAGACUAAUAUAGUCCUAUACUAUGGGAUCUUUCAUGGAAUAAUGCUAGUAUAGAAUAUGUGUGAUGUAUCAAAUUCUAACACAUGUACCAUAAAUUUUUCAUCUUAACAGUAUAUAAGAGUAAAUCGUCCUUCUGUUUGAUUGAAAUCAGUGUUUUCAAUAAAACGCGAAUAUUCGCCAAUUGGCUGGACAACAA